AGGCAUGCCUGGCUCAAUCCUAAGCCCUCCACCAAGAAUGCUUGGUGGUUUCGCUCAGGUGUAGAUUAGCUGCACCUGGGAAUUGCUAAACUCCAUACAUUUUGGGGGGGGGGUCCUCCGACCCCCGUCCGUCAGGAGGCACGGUGAAGUGACGAAAAUGGUGCUGGUAUGGCUGGAGACGGCCUCCUUCCUCAGUUGGGUCGUGAAAGAUUUCAGCUGGGUCCUGCUGAUCCCUGAGACCGCCUGGGUCGGGUUGCUCUGUGCCCUGAUCUUUGAGUCCUGGGACAUCCAGAACCAUUGGAAGGUGGCAGAUCGAUAUGAUCUUGCGGGGCGCGUCGUGCUCUUGCUGUGGAUUCUGGGCAAUGGAACGUGGAUGACUAGCGAGCUCCUGUACGAAAACCCAUCGAAAAAUAUCACGUUUCCUUGGUUUCAGGGAGCGCUCCUCGGACCGCGGACCUAUGUGGAUCAGGAACUCAAGGUCCUGGCUGGAAGCUUCUGGGCUUUGGGCCUUUUGCUGGGCCUUGCUGCGCAGAUGCUGGGACGACGACAAGGGGAGAGGGCCUUACGAAGCAGGCUGAAUGCAGAUCUGUGGGUAAUCUUCUGGGUCCUCAAGGACUUCUUCUGGUUGCUGGCACUGCCAUGGAAUGCCUUAGCUUGCUCCGUUGUCAUCUUCUACUGCCUCAUUGACCUUCGCCCAAGCUCAGAACCCAAAGUCUUGACGGCCGCCCUGAUCUCCUGGCUGUGUGGGAAUACCGUGUGGCUGGUGGGGGAACUUUUCCUGGCUGAUGCGUCAGUGCUGCCUCGGGUGUUGACCUGCGUCUGCCUUGCUUGCUCUUUCUGUCUGGGCAUCAAGAACUUCUUCGAAGAGCAGGACGACCCCGAAGCCAGAAGCAUCUUGCCGAAGAGCAUGGGCACGGUGAACCAUGGCAAGUUGUGAUGCCAAGGUCUGAACGGAUGAACUGCGAUUUUUGCUGGUGGAAGAUGGUGGAAGCCUCUUCAAUUCCAUUUUUGUUGUUUAGAACUUGGAAUUGACAUGGCCAAGAGUCACUAUGCAGGGUUCUAAAAACUCAGGAAUCUUUUGGCUUGAUUGAUGGUGAGAGUCGGAAAGAAC